AUGAAAACACAGCUGCUGCGGAGAAAUGAAGGCGGAGCGGGAAACAACACGCACAAAGUAAAGUCAAUCCCGCAACACUUGCUCUGUGUUCUCCACGCCCCGUGUGGGGCUGUGCUGGACUUUGGCUGCUUUCAGAGCACUUCUCGCAGACUUGUGAGCUCGUCCCGACACGCACUAUCACAUCUCUCUCGCUCGCCUCACCAGGCCGGGGUUUCUCCUCUACUCCUCCCCUUUCACUUUCUCCUCCUUCUCUUCUGUCCCUCCAGCAAAUCAAUACAGAAUCAACCAAACCCUGCAAGCGGAAAACCCGCCCCCACCCGCCUCCACCCGCCGUACAAACUGAAACAAAUACUUGACUGA